CGGUCGGUUGUUUGGCGUCUGCAAAAAUUUUGCUUCAGUUUUAUUUUGAGUCGCGAUCCGCGCACAAGUUUCUAACUGUUCUGUGAUUGUGUAGUGUUCAUCAAUAAUUAUGGCUGCAGUGCAACAAGGACAACCAGGCAACAAGCCGUGGCCCGCCAGACCUGGAAUCCAGCAUCAGAAUAGUCAGAGCAACGCUAGUCUCACUUUGAAUAGAACAAUAAACUUGUAUCCCCUUACAAAUUAUACAUUCGGCACCAAAGAGUCUCUAUUUGAGAAGGAUGCAUCAGUCCCCGCCAGGUUCCAGAGGAUGAGGGAAGAAUUUGUGAAAAUUGGGAUGCGGAGGUCUGUUGAAGGUGUGCUGUUAGUUCACGAGCACGGACUACCUCAUGUGCUGUUACUUCAGCUCGGUACCGCAUUCUUCAAGCUGCCGGGCGGAGAAUUAAAUCCUGGUGAAGAUGAAAUUGAAGGCCUGAAGAGAUUGCUGACGGAAACGCUUGGCAGGCAAGACGGUGUUAAGCAGGACUGGCUGAUCGAGGACACAAUUGGCAACUGGUGGCGGCCUAACUUCGAGCCUCCACAGUACCCAUACAUUCCACCGCACAUCACAAAGCCCAAAGAGCACAAGCGUUUAUUCCUGGUACAACUCCAAGACAGAGCGCUAUUCGCUGUGCCGAAGAACUACAAACUGGUUGCAGCACCACUAUUCGAGUUGUAUGACAAUGCCCAAGGGUACGGACCGAUCAUUUCAUCGCUGUCCCAGAGCUUGUGCCGGUUUAACUUUGUGUACAUGUGAGGACGGUAUAGAUUUAGACGGAGGCGUGAGAGAGUGAAUAUUUCGUUUAGAUAGCCAAAAGUGUGAGUGAUUUUUUUACGUUGUAAAUUGUGUUUUAUACUGUUUGGUCACUGCUAAUUCUACCUUAGAGGCUACUCAAAGUGAAAAAGACCUUGGUUACGUACUCGUAUCGUUAAAUAUACAUUGCUAAAUAAAUAAAAUUGUUUUCGGAAUGAGGGUUUUCGCGAUUGAAAAAUCCGCCAGAUGGCAAUACGUA